GGGGAGACAAACGAGCCGCAUGGUAGAAUUGGUCGUUUACGGGAUCCAGCUUUACCGUCCCUCUCUAGGUCAGCUCUAUCACCGUCCCUCUCUAGGUCAGCUCUGUCACUGUCCCUCUCUAGGUCAGCUCUGUCACCGUCCCUCUCUAGGUCAGCUGUGUCACCGUCCCUCUCUAGGUCAGCUGUGUCACCGUCCCUCUCUAGGUCAGCUCUAUCACCGUCCCUCUCUAGGUCAGCUGUGUCACCGUCCCUCUCUAGGUCAGCUGUGUCACCGUCCCUCUCUAGGUCAGCUCUAUCACCGUCCCUCUCUAGGUCAGCUGUGUCACCGUCCCUCUCUAGGUCAGCUGUGUCACCGUCCCUCUCUAGGUCAGCUGUGUCACCGUCCCUCUCUAGGUCAGCUGUGUCACCGUCCCUCUCUAGGUCAGCUCUAUCACCGUCCCUCUCUAGGUUAGCUCUGUCACUGUCCCUCUCUAGGUCAGCUCUGUCACCGUCCCUCUCUAGGGCAGCUCUAUCACCGUCCCUCUCUAGGUCAGCUGUGUCACCGUCCCUCUCUAGGUCAGCUGUGUCACCGUCCCUCUCUAGGUCAGCUCUAUCACCGUUCCUCUCUAGGUCAGCUCUGUCACCGUCCCUCUCUAGGUCAGCUCUGUCACCGUCCCUCUCUAGGUCAGCUGUGUCACCGUCCCUCUCUAGGUCAGCUCUAUCACCGUCCCUCUCUAGGUCAGCUCUAUCACCGUCCCUCUCUAGGUCAGCUCUGUCACCGUCCCUCUCUAGGUCAGCUCUGUCACCGUCCCUCUCUAGGUCAGCUCUGUCACCGUCCCUCUCUAGGUCAGCUCUGUCACCGUCCCUCUCUAGGUCAGCUCUGUCACCGUCCCUCUCUAGGUCAGCUCUGUCACCGUCCCUCUCUAGGUCAGCUCUAUCACCGUCCCUCUCUAGGUCAGCUCUGUCACCGUCCCUCUCUAGGUCAGCUCUGUCACCGUCCCUCUCUAGGUCAGCUCUAUCACCGUCCCUCUCUAGGUCAGCUCUGUCACCGUCCCUCUCUAGGUCAGCUGUGUCACCGUCCCUCUCUAGGUCAGCUCUAUCACCGUCCCUCUCUAGGUCAGCUCUAUCACCGUCCCUCUCUAGGUCAGCUCUAUCACCGUCCCUCUCUAGGUCAGCUCUGUCACCGUCCCUCUCUAGGUCAGCUCUGUCACCGUCCCUCUCUAGGUCAGCUCUAUCACCGUCCCUCUCUAGGUCAGCUCUGUCACCGUCCCUCUCUAGGUCAGCUCUGUCACCGUCCCUCUCUAGGUCAGCUCUGUCACCGUCCCUCUCAAGGUCAGCUCUGUCACCGUCCCUCUCUAGGUCAGCUCUGUCACCGUCCCUCUCUAGGUCAGCUUUCAUGUGCUGA